AUGGCAUCAUUCACUAUGCUUUCAGUAGCCUCAUCGGUCGAUAAAUUAAAAGAAGAAAUACCAGUGAAAGAUGACAAUGAAGUUGACAAUAUGGAUGAAUUGUUCGAUAUCCCCUUCAAUGAAACUGAUGAAAGUCCAUCAUCCAUUCGAGGGGCUAGUCGUUUUCUUCUAACACAUAAAUCACCUCUUUACAAGUCGAAAAUUACACAAAAAAGAAUGAAAUGUAACAAGAACCCUAGAAUAUGUCGUGCCAAAGGUAGCCCGGGGCCAUUUUGCUGCAAGAAGAAGUGCGUCAACGUGUUCACGGACCGACAAAAUUGUGGAUUUUGUGGGAAGAAUUGCAGGUACAAUGAGACUUGUUGUAAAGGGCAGUGUGUUAACACUUUCUUUCACAAGAGGCAUUGUGGGGGUUGCGGUAACAAGUGCCAGAAAGGAAGUGCUUGUGUCUAUGGAAUGUGCAGUUAUGCAAAUUAG